AUGGAAACAGUGGAUAAGGGCUUACUUCUCAGUACAACAGACAACACACCACAGGGCUUACUUCUCAGUACAACAGACAACACACCACAGGGCUUACUUCUCAGUACAACAGACCACACACCACAGGGCUUACUUCUCAGUACAACAGACAACACACCACAGGGAUUACAUCUAAGUACAACAGACAACACACCACAGGGCUUACUUCUCAGUACAACAGACAACACACCACAGGGCUUACUUCUCAGUACAACAGACAACAUACCACAGGGCUUACUUCUCAGUACAACAGACAACACACCACAGGGCUUACUUCUCAGUACAACAGACAACACACCACAGGGCUUACUUCUCAGUACAACAGACAACCCACCACAGGGCUUACUUCUCAGUACAACAGCCAACACACCACAGGGCUUACUUCUCAGUACAACCGACAACACACCACAGGGCUUACUUCUCAGUACAACAGACAACACACCACAGGGCUUACUUCUCAGUACAACAGACAACACACCACAGGGCUUACUUCUCAGUACAACAGACAACACACCACAGGGCUUACUUCUCAGUACAACAGACAACACACCACAGGGCUUACCUGUCAGUACGACAGACCACACAUCAAAGGGCUUACAUCUCAGUACAACACACAACACACCACAGGGCUUACUUCUCAGUACAACAGACCACACACCAAAGGGCUUACAUCUCAGUACAACACACAACACAUCACAGGGCUUACUUCUCAGUACAACAGACCACACACCACAGGGCUUACUUCUCAGUACAACAGACAACACACCACAGGGCUUACUUCUCAGUACAACAGACCACACACCACAGGGAUUACAUCUAAGUACAACAGACAACAUACUACAGGGCUUACAUAUCAGUACAACAGACAACACACCACAGGGAUUACUUCUCAGUACAACAGACAACACACCACAGGGCUUACUUCUCAAUACAACAGACAACACACCACAGGGCUUACUUCUCAGUACAACAGACAACACACCACAGGGCUUACUUCUCAGUACAACAGACAACACACCACGGGGCUUACCUCUCAGUACAACAGACCACACACCACAGGGCUUACAUCUCAGUACAACAGACAACACACCACAGGGCUUACUUCUCAGUACAACAGACAACACACCACACGGCUUACUUCUCAGUACAACAGACAACACGCCACAGUGA